AUGUCAUCAUCAUAUAGAGACGAAGAUCCAUUAGCACCACCAAAGAAUACCCAAAAUUUAGAUUUAUCAAAACUCUCACCCCAAGAAUUAAAAAUCUACAAAAUGUAUGGGAAAUUACCCACCCGACAACAAAUAUUAUCAACUCGAUUCCAAGAUAAGAAAUAUUUCGAUAGUGGAGAUUAUGCCAUGCAAAAACAAUUAGGCACUGGAUUUAGAAGUGGGAUGCCUGGAGGUAUGCCAAUGAGACAUCCUAAUGCAGAAAGAAUGAGGGAAUUAUCGGUGAGGAAUUCAAUUAGUUCGACAAAUGCUCAGAUAUUCCUGAAUGGGAAAUCGGGACUUUUGAAUGAAGCUACUCCUAAUAAAGAAGAAGAAAGCGGUGGUGAAGACCUGACAAAGGGAGCAUCUCAUCAAUAG